AUGCAGGACAUAGACGAAAACGCGCUCGAGAUGUUGAUAGACUUUUGCUACUCGUCGACGAUCGUUGUCGAAGAGUCGACCGUGCAGACGCUUCUACCUGCCGCGUGCCUGCUGCAGAUCCAGGAGAUUCAGGAGAUCUGCUGCGACUUUCUGAAGAAACAACUCGACCCAACCAACUGCCUGGGCAUCCGUGCGUUCGCCGACACGCAUGCGUGCCGCGAACUAUUGCGCAUUGCUGACAAAUUCACGCAGCACAACUUUCAGGAAGUGAUGGAGAGCGAGGAGUUUCUGAUGUUGCCGGUCGGUCAGCUGAUCGAGAUCAUUUCGAGUGACGAGCUGAACGUGCGUUCGGAAGAGCAGGUGUUCAAGGCAGUGAUGGGCUGGGUUCGCUACAACGUGCAGGAACGACGACAUUUUCUGUCUCAGGCAAUCGAAAGUUUUGUUUUUGCUUAA